AUGGCCCCUGAGCUGUCGUCAAAUUGGAAGAAGCUUCAAGCUCAACUCAAAGCGGCGAGCACGUCUUCUUCCACAGCAGCUGGACCGGUGAAGCGAAAGGCAGAUUCCUCUGAUCAGCAGCCGACAAAGAAGCCGAAACUUGCAUUCGACAAAAAAGGACCAGCCAAAUCUGCUCAAAGAAACGAAAAGGGAAAGAAGGAACGUAUGGGUGUCACGCAAAGCUCAAAGGUUGAAGUUGAACCAAAGGUUGGCCCCUCGCCGUCCCUGGCCCUUUGGGCGGAGGAGAAUGACAUCUCUUCCGAAGCGCUGGCCGAAGCCUAUGGUCUUGGUCUGAAGAACAACUCGAUGCUCGUUUCAGAAAAAGACAAGAUUAACGCGGGCCUGACUGAAGAGCUUGACGUCGGCAAAUACGUUGCCAUAGACUGCGAGAUGGUCGGUGUCGGACAAGGGGGGUACGAAUCUGUGCUGGCUCGUGUGAGCAUCGUCGACUUCCACGGACGACAGGUGUACGACUCAUAUGUACGGCCUCAAGAGCGUGUCACCGAUUGGCGCAGUGCCGUCAGCGGAAUCCUACCUAAGCAUAUGAGGUUCGCUCGAGAUUUCGACGAGGUUCAGGCAGACGUCGCCAAACUGUUGAAGGACAGGAUCUUAGUCGGCCACGACAUCAAGCAUGAUCUGGAUGUACUCAAACUGAGUCACCCUAGCAAAGACGUUCGCGACACAUCCAACUACCCGGGGUUCAGGAAGUACGGCAACGGCAGGAAGCCAGCAUUGAGGAGGCUGGCGGAAGAGGUCCUCGGCGUCACGAUCCAGAGCGGCGCGCACUCGAGCAUCGAAGAUGCCAGGGUGACGAUGCUCUUGUUCAGAAAGCACAAAUCCGGGUUUGACGUUGACCAUGCGAAUCGCUUCUCUGGCUCCGCAGGCGCAUCGGCAAAAUCAAGACCAAAAUCUAAAAAGCCCAAGAAAAAGAAAUGA